UUGAGUUUAGUUCACGUUCUCUCUCAGUAGAAAGUAGAGCGAGAUUAGCAUAUUCGUUAAACUAAAUCCACCGUUGCUCGCUGACCGACAAUGCUCUGACCCUGUUAUCCUAAAACGUGCUCAUAUAUGUAGGGCACGGGAUAGAGUUUGCGCGGUUACACACUGGAAUGCAAUAUACCCAAUUCAAUAUUGGUGGGGUAAACAGUAGUUGAUGUAUUGAUUUUUAGUUUCCAGAGCCACCACAAUCACGCUAAGGAGACGAGUUACGAUUAGUUAAGUCUCUGCAUUUUGCAGAUAUGUCUCACAAGGAGAGACCCACUUUCUACAGACAGGAGCUUAACAAGACGAUAUGGGAGGUCCCGGAGCGGUACCAGAGCCUAUCCCCGGUUGGAUCGGGAGCCUACGGAUCUGUCUGCUCAUCAUAUGACGUUAAGACAGGGCUGAAGAUAGCGGUGAAGAAACUGUCAAGGCCGUUCCAGUCUGUGAUCCAUGCUAAAAGGACUUACAGAGAACUACGGCUCCUCAAACACAUGCAACACGAGAAUGUAAUUGGUCUGUUGGAUGUGUUCACACCCGCCACCAGCCUAGAAGAGUUUAACGACGUGUAUCUGGUGACCCACCUGAUGGGGGCAGACCUCAACAACAUUGUCAAGUGUCAGAAACUGACGGAUGACCACGUUCAGUUUCUCAUAUAUCAGAUUCUCAGGGGGCUCAAGUAUAUCCAUUCAGCAGACAUCAUCCACAGAGAUCUAAAACCUAGUAACCUGGCUGUGAAUGAGGACUGUGAGCUCAAGAUCCUGGAUUUUGGUUUGGCGCGACAUACGGAUGAUGAGAUGACCGGUUAUGUGGCGACCAGGUGGUACCGUGCCCCCGAGAUCAUGCUCAACUGGAUGCACUACAACAUGACAGUUGACAUUUGGUCAGUGGGCUGCAUCAUGGCGGAGCUGCUUACCGGACGGACAUUAUUCCCUGGAACUGACCAUAUAAACCAGCUGCAGCAGAUCAUGAGGCUGACAGGGACACCCCCGGCCACUCUCAUUAGCAGGAUGCCCAGCCACGAGGCCAGAAACUACAUCAACUCUCUUCCCUCAAUGCCCAAAAGGAACUUUGCUGAUGUGUUUAUUGGCGCCAACCCACUAGCGGUGGAUCUGUUAGAGAAGAUGUUGGUUCUGGACACUGAUAAGCGGAUUACAGCGUCCGCGGCACUGGCACACCCCUACUUCGCCCAGUACCAUGACCCAGAUGACGAGCCCGAGGCAGAACCAUAUGACCAGAGCUUCGAGAGCCGUGAGCUGGAGAUAGAGGAGUGGAAAAGGUUGACAUAUGAGGAGGUUUGCAGUUUCGAACCCCCGCCAUUCGAUGGAGAUGAGAUGGAAUCCUGAGGGGACCAGAGUGAUGUAAUCUCAGAUCCCACCCUCCUAUGGAACUGUAUUGAGGAAGAGCCAUCUACACACUCAUCUAGGGCCAGCUAUACAUUUCCUCUCCUAAUCAUUUAGGUUAGGAUCACACUGUUAGGUGUAUGCUGAUCCUAGAUCAGAACGUUUAGGCAACAUCCUCCCAGAGCACGCAAGCCUGUGUCAGGACUAUCAACUCUGACUUUUUCACCAACAAACAGGAAACCACAAAAUUCAAGUGCCUGCUGUCAUUUAUUUAGCAUUCAAGGUUAGCAUUCAAGGGCCAUAGGGACCUUACUGUACCCUCUGCCACCCUCCCUUUCACUGUAUCAUAUUUUAUCAUCUUAGUUUGGGUCUCUUGACAAAACCGGGAUAAUUGUCAAAUUUUUUAAUUGUAAAAAAAAUUCACUGAAAAGGUGCUCCGAUAUUAGCCUUUAAUAAGGCAAAAAAUAAGAAGAAACCACUGCUACAUUCAGUUAUUUCAGAUUUUAGCUUUUUAGUUCAUUUUACAAAUGAGUUGGAAACCCAACAGUGGCAGUGAACUUGGCUAACAAACAUUCUGUCUCUGCAGUCAAACUCUGAUUUCAACUAUGUUGAUUUCAUGUGUAAAUAAGCCAGCACACUUGUAAAUAAAUGAACUUGUGCAUCAAUAGUAACACUGCCAAGAGGUCAGUGUUAUAAUACAGCACCAAGCCCCAUUCACCAAACCCUCAUUGCUUUAAAAUGUGCCACUAGCAAGGGGGAGAACAGCUUUCAGUGGUUGAGUUUGUAUUUGUUCAUCCUUCUCUUUCUAGCUUGUUUUAUUUAUAUUUUUUGUAUGUUUCCACAAUUUUUCACUCUUCAUCCCUAUUUUUAUAUUGUUGCCUCGUGGAAAAUGUAUUUUGUGUUCCUGUGUUUAGUCAAGAUGCUUAAUAAGAUGGUUUACUUAGGCCACCUAGUGGUUAGAGAGUGCGGCCAGUAACAUAUUACACUAUGUUAUACAAUUCUUGUUCCUGGAUAGUUAGUGUUAGUUUUUAAUUGCUUAUGCCUAAAAAGUAUAGAUAAUGGCUAUUAUUCCCCAUAAACACUGCUUUUGUGACCAAGACAGUGAUAUUUUGAAAUGUGCCUAUUUCCAAUUAGAAAACAGGUGAAACAUGCGCCCUGCUGUUCCAAUUACGCUCGCAUGUUCUUCUUGAAUUUAUCAGGAAUAGAUGAGAUUAGAUUCAACUUUAUUAUCAUUGAACAAUACAAGGACAGUAUAACGAAAUGCAGUACGCAUCUAACCAGAAAUGCAAAUAGAGGGCAGAAAAUGUAUUAUAUAUUAAGUAUAUGUAUGUUACAAGUAGAAUGUGUCAAUGUGCAAUGAAGGCAAAUGCAGUACAAAUGGCAAUACUAAAUGUGCAUCAAAGAUAUGGACUUUGAGGGCCAUCCUACAGCCCAUUGUGCUGUAGUUCUUCACCAGUCUCAACCAGCUCCACAUAGUUUUCAGCCUUAUGAUUGCCCAGGAAGUCCUGAACCACUGUGACAAAGCUGUUCCAAGCUGCUUUCUCCUUACUAGUGAGCUUCUUGGGGAAUUCAUUGCACUCUAGGAUCUUCUUUAUCUGUGGUCUGACAAGGACACUGGCUUUGACCUUUGCCUCAGACAGCUUAGGGAAGAAGUCUUGAAGAUACUUGAAGGCUGUCGACUCCUUAUCUAGAGCUCUGACAAAUUGUUUUUUAAGGCUCAGUUUCAUGUGCCGUGGUGGCCUCACUACCUUCCAGUGGCUCCCAAUUGACAUUGUUCUUCCCCACAGAACUCUGUCCGCUGUGGCCAGUCCUGCCUGUGGUAAUGCGCCUUGGUGUCCUUGCUGUCCCAAAGACAAAGAUAGCAGGGAAACUUGGUAAAACUGCCCUGGAGACCCAUCAGGAAUGCCACCAGUUUUAAGUAUCCUAUGACCUCCCAGCCUUACUCAUCAGACUUCAUGGCAUCCAGCAAGGUCUUGAUGCUGUUGUAAUCCUCUUUGAGGUGCACCGAGUGAGCCGGGAAGAUGCGUCUUAGCAGAUGCUUCCACAGCGUAAUUUUUUGCUCUCAUCUUGGCCACAGACAUAGCAAAAUGUGGCUGCCGGAUGAUUGCAGCCUCUUGAUGCCAUCUCAGAAAAAUGCAGAUAUCCACUUAGGCAGCUGGAAGGUCCCUGUAUUUAUACUACUAUUUAUAUUACUGGAAAGUUAUAGAAGUUACUCCCAAGUAUCCUCAACACUGAAUCAAUCUAGAAUGUUCUGAAAAAUAGGUAAAUUACAAAACGUCACUGUCCUGGUCACAAAGUCUGACCAAAAAUAGCAAUUUUCGAAACUUUUGAAACAUAAGCAAUUAGGAAAUAACACUUACUACUCGGGAACAAAAAAAAAUUGUUAUACAGUGUUAUUGGUUUGAAUUCCCAUGCCAACAAUAUGAAAAAUCUGUCAUCAUUCCUUUGAGCAAGGUGCUUAACCCUACUAGCUCCUGUGAGCUGCUCUGAAUAAGACUUAAUGCAAAAAUGUUAAAUGUAUGUGAGAGUCCUUAAGUGAGCGUACCCUCUCUUGUGAGGUCUCGGUUCCUCCAUUAUAUCUGUAUGCUCACGCAACAUAGGGAACAGUUGGCCAGAGUAAGUAGAUCAUGAAAAAUGUACACUCAAGUUUAAAAGGGAGAAAAAGGUGUUUUCUUUACUUUGGCAGUGUUAUUAUGAAGGUAAAACAGCCACACAACUUUAGUAGGCGUAAAAAAGAUUAGCAAAAUUGUAAAAAAAAAAAAAGAUUA